CAAACCUCUCUCAUUCCAACCCAGCGCCUCUCUCUCUAUCUUUUUCUUUUCCUUCUCCUAGCCCUCUUCCCUAUAGGAGAAGGAAUAACAAAAACAAAAAUACACAAUGGCUUUCACUUUCACCAGAAUCCUAAUUCUCUUUGUCUCCCUCUCCUCUCUCAUCCUCGACACCCACGCAGCCCGUGCGCCCCGCACCAUCCAGACCCGCCUCUACAGCCUCUGCAAGCCCACCACCAACAUGGACCUGUGCUACAAGACCAUCCUUCCGGAGGUGGUGGGCCUGUCCCGCUUCAGCAACUACAAGGCCCUCGAGGUGGAGAUCCUUGCCACCCAGAAACAGGUGGAGACAACCUCGAAGCUCAUAACCUCGCUCCUGGCGAAGCCUGGCAACUCGAAAGACCUGACAGAAUCGCUCCAGAUUUGCAAAGAGCAGUACGGCAACAUCCUGGACUCGAUCGAGGAGUCAAAAAAUCAAGUGGCUCAGCGCAACGUGAUAGAGGCGCGCUUCAAGUUCAGCGCCGCGAUUUCGCUCCAGGUAAGUUGCAAUGACUCGUUCACCGCCGGGACAUCGCCGAUAGUGAAGGAGGCCCAGGACGUGUUCGACCUCGCCGGCAACUGCUUGGACAUCAUGAAAGCCAUUGAAGAUAGAGAGAGUCGUCGCCGUCGAGGUGGGAGCCCGGUUACAAGCCCAUCAGUACCUAGCCCCUGCCAGGGACAAGUUGGGCUUUGCAGUUAGUUAGGCCCAAUAAUAUAUUCAAGGCCCGUGAUCUUGUUUAUCAAGACGGAACUUUUUUUUUCCUUCUCUAAUAUUUGUUGUAUCCGUCGUCUCGGUGCUUAGGUGUGGGUUUGGAGAUGCAAUGUUAUAUGUGAAUAAUGUGAUACUAAUCCUCAUGGAGAAACAAGGAAACAAAGAGAUUUGAUUUAUUUCUUUCUUUAUUA